CACGGGAGAGACCACCCAGGAACAGCCCCCAGCCAGACUGAGGCAAGCAGCUGCCCUUUCCCCUUAGUCCAGGGCCGAGACAGCAUCUCGUGUAGUCCAGGAGACAGGAGGAGUGAUGGUACACCCCAACCAGGAGCCAGCAGUGAUUGCAGGGCAAGGCACAAUCGCCCUGGAGGUGCUGGAACAGGUGCCCAAGGUAAAUGCAGUGGUGGUUCCUGUUGGAGGUGGAGGAAUGAUUGCAGGAAUAGCAAUUGCCAUCAAGGCUCUGAGACCAGAUGUGAAAGUGUUUGCUGCUGAGCCAUGCAACGCAGAUGACUGUUACCAGUCCAAAUUAAGAGGGGAACUGACCCCCAACCUUCACCCACCAGAGACCAUUGCAGAUGCAGUCAAAACCAGCAUUGGACCAAACACAUGGCCCAUCAUCAGGGAUUUGGUUGAUGAUGUCCUGACAGUCUCAGAAGAAGAAAUCAAGCAAGCCACACGGCUGGUGUGGGAAAGGAUGAAGCUGCUGAUUGAGCCAACAGCAGGCGUGGGAGUGGCGGCUGUGCUCUCUGAGCAGUUCCAAGCAGUCCCCCAGGACGUGGAGAACGUUUGCAUUGUGCUGUGUGGAGGAAAUGUGGACCUGAGCUCCCUGACCUGGCUCACAGAGCUCCCUGGGAAAGCAGAAUGAGAAUGGAGCUGUCUCUCAAGCAACAGAAACCUCAGUUUGUACCAUCUGGUUUGUGCACUACUAAAAACAAAUGAACAGUCCUAAACAAUUGCAAGUUUUCACAGAGGGAGAAGGGAAGCUGGUGCUCUACAGCACAGAGGUGCUUGGUUCCACAGGAAAAGUUAGCUACUGGGGGGCC